GAGAAAUCCAUGGUCAGCAUGGAGUGGCUGGAGGACUUGCAGAAGAUCGUUAAUGAGUUUCAGGCCAAUAUGGUGUACAAUGUGAGCCGCCUUCGAGAGAGCUUCAGAAAAAUGCAGGAGGUUGCCUCGAAAAAAGUUCUGACCGUGAAGGCAAAAGGUAAACCAGGAAAAGAUCUGGAUGCCAAAGUAGUUAAAAGCAUUCAGUCUCUGCCGACUUGUCCCACGGUAGCAGAAUUGAAGGCAAAUUCAACCGCUGCAUCAACGUACUCAUCAAACCUGAUCAACGCCUUGAAUAGCAUCACCAAAUCAUCCUCCUGCAGUCCAGCCACAAGCAAGGCACUAAAACUAUUGGCAGCGACCAUUGAAAACCUCAACAAGGCAUUUCAAGAUCACUGCUUGGAAAUUAAGACUCUAAAGACACUUCAGAAAAAGAGCAAGGUGGUUCAAGAUGUGAACAGAGACGUCUUAGUUUCUCCUGUGCACCAAAAUGGAUCUGCAGGUCAGCAGCAGAAGGUGCAAAAAUUGCCUGCCUUUCCUGUGAAACCCAAGGCAGAUGAUUUUGGUUUCCCUCAGGUCAAAGAGCUUGUACGGGAGACAAAAGUCGAAGUGUUGCCACUAGAUAGACCAGUGGUAACAUUAGACACAGCUCCAAAAGACCUCCAGAGUCUGUCUGCUGAUGGCCCGUUUCCUCCUGGCCUUGCCAGGACUUUUACUCUCCCCAAGAUCACACGAUCUGUUGAGGAGACAAAAGUUUCCACAGAGCAAAAGGCAAACGUCAAAUCAUCUGAAGAGACACGAGUUGAUGCAGAGACAAUGGAGAUAACAGAGACAUCAUUUGAAGAGACAAUGGUUCAGAAAAACCUUAAGUGUCCAUUUCCUAGUAGCAUCCAUCGUCCGUCCCCCAUCAGAUCUUCUGCUCUUCCUCAGAUUUUGCAGUCUUUGGAGGAACCAGAAGUUGAUACGGAGACAAUGGAGAUAACAGAGACACCAUUUGAAGAGACGAUGGUUCAGAAAGACCCCCAAAGUCCAUUUCCUCAAAGCUUCCAUUGUCCGUCCCUCGUCAGAUCUUCUGCUCUUCCUCAGAUUUUGCAGUCUGUUGAGGAACCAGAAGUUGAUACGGAGACAAUGGAGAUAACAGAGACACCAUUUGAAGAGACAAUGGUUCAGAAAGACCUCCAAAGUCCAUUUCCUCAAAGCUUCCAUCGUCCGUCCCUCGUCAGAUCUUUUGCUCUUCCUCAGAUUUCACAGUCUAUAGAGGAGACAAAAGUUUGUGCUAUGUCAGCGGAAGAACGUCAGAGUCUGUCUUCUGUCCACACCCGUCCUUCCUCGUCUGUGAAACUGCCCAAAAUUCAGACUCCAGUAAAGCCUUCACUUCAGAAGUCUGAGAAACCCGAGACUCGCAAAUAUGAUUCUGCAGUCUUGGGCAGCAUUGAGGAGCAGUACAUGAAGAACAGCGAGGAGGACGGAGACAAACUGCUUCAUGCAAGCAUUAAAGACCCAUCGUUCAUAAUUGACAUCAAAGCUCAAGAAAACAACCUCCAGCAGCUGGAUCGAGCUUUUCAAAAUAACAACAUUUCCUCUGAAAUGUACAACCUGUGCAGAGGAACCGUCAAUCAGACACUUAAGAGUGUUGAGCUGCGUCUUGGAUGUCUUUUACGGAGAUACAUCAAACAUGUCCAAAUGAAGCAAUUAAGGAAGAUGCUCGAUGGAAAUUUCAAGGCGACCAGAAAUUUAAGGGAUGGACUGGAGUUCAAAAAAGUCCAUUCUCAGCUCUGCAAGUUUGACCGUUUCCAGCAGAGUGUGAACAAAAUCUGGGACGCCAAGCAAGCCUCCACCGAUGAGACACGAGGACUCUGCAUCGCACGGACGGCCCAUUUAUACCAGCAGGUGAAUGCGGUGCAUGGCCUACAUCUGACAGGCAUAUCAUUUGUGCAAAGGCAUGUAUCACUGCCUCUGCUCACUGUGACACCCGUGCGGUUCAGCUCCAAUUUGUGUCGAUCUCCUCCUCGUGGACCGCAAACUUCACCGAGCAGAGCCAGUCCAGCACGUCAUCCUCAAAUCCACCCCAAACCUCUGCACCACACGACCAGGAACACACCAGGCAGUUUACUGAAGAUCAGUCACAUUCAAUAAUGAUGGCCAGUGUCAACAUAAUGGCUUGUAUCUGAACCCAAGAACAGAUUACUGAAAUGUCACAAAAGCGAGGACGCAUCAGGAACAGACUCUGGAAAAACAGAAGCACCGGCCUGUAGACAUAGGAAGAUGGGUUCAUUUACAUUUGUUACACUGCACUGCUCAGUCAGCGGUUAUUGACAUCUCAAUGUAGCCAUUGAUUGGUUAACCCAUAUUAGUGAUUUCAAGCUUUGCCAGAGUCAAAUAGCCAAUGUUAUAUUAAGGAAGAGCUAUGUCUUAAUCAGUGUGUAUUUUUGUUUAAGCUUAUAUUGUAAUAAAUAUAUGAAUAAACAUAUAAAUAAUAAAAAUGAUAAAU